CAUAUCUUAAGAUCUAGAAAUGGUAUUGACCUGAUUGCAAUUGGGUUAGAAAGUAGACAUUUAGAUCUUUCCAAUGAUAUAUUAUUUGUCUUAAUCCGAGUAUAGAAUCAAAAAUUAUGAUAAAAACAAAAAUCGUAAAAAAAACUGAAAAAGAAAUGCCUAGAAAUUUUGAAAUUCUAGAAGGAGAAACGCCUAGAAUUUUUGCUUCUCCCUUGAAAUUUCGAAAAUUCCACUACCGGAUUUUCGAAAAAAUCAGGCGUUUGGCCUCCUCCUAAACAUUAAAAAAAAAAAAAAAAAAAAAAAACACGACUUAAACUCCGGAGAUGAUAUUACCUUCGUUCGAUGGUGGUUUGUUGGAAGGAAAAUGUUAGAUUGAGUUAAAGGGAAGAAAAACAUGAAAUAUAGGUGAGGGUAUGUUCAUACAUUCAUGUUAUGUGGAUAUUACCUGAUAAAAUAUGAGUAUCGUUUGGCUUUCCACUAAAAUUCCUUUUUUUUUUUUUUUUUUCCGUUCUUUUUAUAGAUGUCACGUGACUUUUUGUUAAUGGAUCGAUACAUUCCAACGAAACAGCAGCACAGUGUCCACAGCACUUGUGUUGUGUAAGCAAAACCAACUUUCCCCACUCUUCGUUCCUGAAACCAUACUCUUACCAAUUUCAAUGGCGCUAUCAUUACAUUUCUUCCAUCACCCUAAACUCUCCUCCAUUUCAAGUUCAACACCUCCUAAAAACUCACUUUCUCUCUCCUCCAUAACCCCAUCUUCCACUAAAAUGCCCACUUUCUCUCUCCUCCGAAAUCACCAUCUUCUUAGAAAUCGUCCCCCAAUCAAACCCCCCUUUUCACCUUCUUUCUCAAAUACCCAGUUCAAAUUUAGAGUCAAUGCUUCUUCUAGUAAACCUGUAUCUUCUUCUUCUUCAAAAAGUAGCAGUACAAAAUCAAUUGUUUUCUGGGCAAUUGUUACCGCCAUUUUAGCGGUUUCUAACAGGGUUUUUUACAAGCUUGCUCUUGUUCCUCUUCAGAAUUACCCCUUUUUCUUGGCUCAAUUCAUCACUUUUGGGUAUGUGGCUAUUUACUUUGCUAUAUUGUUCAUUCGACACCGUGCAGGCAUAGUGACUGAUGAAAUGCUAGCUAUUCCGAAAUCUCGUUUUGUGCUCAUUGGUCUUCUUGAAGCACUUGGUCUUGCUGGUGGCAUGGCAUCUGCAGCCAUGAUUCCUGGCCCAGUGAUACCAAUUUUGCAUCAGACUUUUCUGGUGUGGCAACUGUGUCUCUCUUAUAUCAUCUUGGGCAGGCGUUAUUCAUUUAUGCAAAUAGUUGGCUGCUUACUUGUGGCUGCUGGUGUCGUCGUUGCAGUUUCUAGUGGGUCUGAUGGUCACCGAAUCCUUUCUGGAAUUGCAUUUGCGUGGCCAGCUCUCAUGAUUGCUUCAGGUGCUUUCCAUGCUGCCGCAUCUAUCUUGAAGGAAUUUAUAUUUGUUGAUGCUGCAACGCGGCUCAAGGAGAAGUCUCUUGACAUAUUUGUUGUCAACUCCUUUGGAUCUGGCUGUCAGGCUCUUUUUGUUCUUGUUUUGCUCCCAUUGUUAUCAAAUUUGAAAGGUAUUCCAUUUGAUCAACUGCCUCAGUAUCUAAAAAGUGGAGCUGGUUGCUUUUUGAACAUUGGAGCCAAUAACACAGGAUGUGAUGGAGCUCCGCUGCUACCCCUUCUGUAUGUGGUCAGCAACAUAGCAUUCAACAUAUCAGUCCUCAAUCUACUAAAAAUUUCAAGUGCCGUUGUGUCUUCACUUGUUACCAUGUUAUCAGUGCCAAUUUCCAUUUAUAUUCUUUCCCUCCCAUUGCCAUAUCUCCCUGAAAGUUCAAGCUUGGGCUCAUACUUCGUCCUUGGAAGUGCAAUUUUGAUGUUAGGACUAGUUUGUUACAACUUACCUCAGUAUUUUAGCAAAGCUCUUGACAAAAAUGGGGAAUCAUAACGAAUUAUGACUCUGCAAUAGAUUUUGAGCAUAAAUUUUGAGCAUUGUCGAUUCGUCGGAUACUCAUUUUUCUUUUACUGUGAAACAUUGAAUAUAAUAUCCUGAUACAUUUUUGUA